AUGGGCGCCGCUGAAGCCGCCGCUUUAGCGCACGCCGAGGCCGCGCAGAGGCGUAAGGACCCUCAGCCGAGGCCGAAGGAGGCGCCGACGAAGAAGGACAAGAAGAACCUGCCCCCGCCUCCGCUGCAGAUCCGCGAUGAGGGACGAGGGGCAGUAUACACGAGGACGGGAUUCUUGGGAGAAGGAGGCUUCGCGCGAGUGUACGAGGUACUCGACGAGCGCGCUCGCCGGCGGGCGGUCAAGGUCGUGAGCAAGAGCCAGAUCAAGACGAAGAAGAACAAGACGAAGCUCUGGGCCGAGAUCAAGCUGCAUCAAAUGCUUCAGCACCCGAACAUUGUUCGCUUUGACGACUGCUUCGAGGACGACGAGAACGUGUACAUGAUUCUCGAGUUGUGCGCUCACGGCUCGCUCAUGGACCUGCUCCGCCGACGCAAGCGCUACACCGAGCCGGAAGCCCGCUUCUAUCUGACGCAGCUCAUCGGCGCGUGCCAGUACAUGCACGACAACAAUGUGAUCCACCGUGAUCUCAAGCUCGGCAACCUCUUCCUGGACGCGGACAUGAACAUAAAGGUCGGCGACUUUGGUCUCGCGGCGCUUAUCGAGAACCCGGGCGAGAGGAAGAAGACGAUCUGUGGAACGCCCAACUACAUCGCGCCCGAGGUGCUGUUUGACACGACAAACGGACACAGCUUCGAGGUCGAUGUGUGGUCUGUCGGUGUUAUUCUCUACACGUUACUUAUCGGCAAGCCGCCGUUCCAGACCAAGGACGUCAAGGCGAUCUACCGCCGCAUCCGGGAGAACCGGUACGAGUUCCCGCCUGACAAGGAGAUCAGCGGGCCGGCGAUGGAUCUCAUCAUGAAGAUUCUGAAUAGCAACCCGGAGCAGCGCCCGACGCUCACUGAGAUCCUCCAGCACCCGUGGUUCCAGGACGGACCGUUCCCGUCUUACAUCCCCGUCAGCGCGAACGACAACGCGCCGGACCACACGAACCUCAGCCCGACGCAGAGCCGACGAAACUUCGAUGCUGUCCGGCGGCGCGCUAUCGGCGACGGUGCCAGCCCGCACAGCACGACGCCACCAGGCAAGCCGUCAUCGCAGCUCGCGACGUCGAUUGCGGCCCAGGAGCGCGACUUCAACAAUGCCGUCAAGCCCGACUCACCGAUCAGUGCGCUGCUCAACAGCGCGCGUCAACCCCUCGUCACCGCUCCUACCGCGAUCAAGGAGCCGUCACUGCUGCGCAAGCUUACCGCCGCUGGCGCACAGGCGACGCUGUCCCCUGUCCGCAGGGUCGCCGAGGAAGACGAGGAGGAGGACGAGGGCGUCGAGGUCGACCACCACGGCAAGCCGUACGAGGGACGGGACCGCGAGCUCGCCGUGCAGAAGGCGCGCAUCGUAAGCCAGAUGGCUGGCAUGAAGCUGUCUGACAAGGGGAGCGACGAGGAGCGUGGUGCUCCAGCACGCAGCAGUGGAAAGGAGCGCGAGCGGCCACGAUACUGGGACCGCGAGCAGCGGACAUCACCGCGGCGAGCCCUCGGCGAGGCACAUGUACCCCAGCACCGUUCGGCCGCGUCAUCGGGAUCAGGGAGCUCAGCUGCCGGGUCCCUCAAGGCUGGCAAGCAGAAGAACGUGUACGACCAGUUCGAGGCGAAUCUGGCUACUGCGUUCGAGGCGGCGAAGAACGGCGGGUUCCGGACGCCGCACAUCGAGCUGUCUCCGCCUGCGCCGCGUGUUUUCGUCGUGAGCUGGCUCGACUACUGCACGAAGUACGGCAUGGGCUUUGCGAUGAGUGACGGAACCGUGUCCGUGCACUUCAACGACACAUCAUCUCUUGUUCUGUCACCGAACAAGACGCAUGUCGACUACAUCGCAUACUCGCCCGAAGACAAGGCGCUGCAGACGCGGCGCAACUACGGUAUCGACGGCACGCCAUCCGACCUCAAGACGAAGGUGUACCUCCUGAACCAGUUCGAGAACUACAUCCUGAACAAGCUUCUCGGCGACUACCCCUACAACUGGGUCGACAGCGAGCGGACGAAGGGCAUGGUCUUCGUCGAGAAGUACCUGCGGAUGAAGCACGUGAUUCUGUUCCGACUCUCAAAUGGCCUGCUCCAGUUCAACUUCUACGACCACACCAAGUUGAUCCUCUCGAGUGACGGACUCGUCGUCUCGGUCAUCGACAAGCACUACGUGCUCCGCACGUGGUCGCUGGAGGCACUCCUGGGCCCCCUACCCUCCGACCCGAAGGACCGGAAACGCGUCGAGUCGACGCUCCAGAAGCUGAACUAUGCGCGCGACAUUUUGUCCAAGAUUCGCGCGCACGGCGGCAUGUCCUCCAUCGCUACUGCUAUCAGCAGGAAGGAGAAGGACGGUAAGGAGCAGCAGAAGGAGCAGAGGGAGAAGCCGGCCGCGACUGCUGAGCGAGAGUGGGAGAGGGAGCGUCUCAGGCCGAUUCGGAGCUAA